CGGACCUCGGUUUUUUAUUGGCCGCGUCCUUGAAAGAUGACAUGGACUUAAUAGUUUAUUCGUUAAAGUAAAAAAUUAAAAUGGCUGCCUCCAUGACCGCUAAGACUUUCAGUUGCAAACUUUUACAAAAUUUCGGACUAGGUCAAUAAAGUUAAUGACACAAACGUUUAACUGAAGUAUGGAGAUGGAAAUGAUAGUUGAAAGUGUGGCAGACAGGAUGAACCUUAUCAGGGAAUGUGUUAGUUACAAGGAUCCUGUUGGUGUGAAGAAAUUGAUUCUAGAAGAUAAGUUUAAUGAGGAAUCAGAACACUGGGAACUUAUCUCAAUACUCGGUGAAUGUAUCACUCAAGAGAACUUUGAUACAUGUCCUGGAUUUGUAACUGUGUGCGAACGAUGCAUGAAGUAUGUGCUAAAUGUUGGAAAGCCUAAAGAACUUUUGUUGGCUUUGUUAGAACAAGCAGACAGUUUUAGCGAUUCUGUUAAGUUUUCCACUUUCCUGGGGUUACUGGAGAUGGUUAUUUUGAAAUUGGAGACAAACCAGUUUUAUUCGCUGGAGCUUGCAUUAGAGACAUUAUCAGACUGUAUAAGGAACUUAGAGUUACCAAAAUCACUUGACCUUGAAGGCGAAGAACGUAGGGCACCUGACCUUGACCCAGUUGUUGAUAAAAUUAAUACAGAUGUGGCAGAGUAUCUGAAUUUCUUGUCAAAAUUUGUCAAUUGUCUGACAGUGUCUGGAUGUAAAGAGAGUGAAUUACAAAAGAAGAAAAAUACACUGGUGAAAUACUUACUGAGAGUUUUGGAACAUCCACUGGUCUUCCUAGAUUUGCAAGCAAAAGAAGUAAAUGGGCGAACUGUGAAGUCUGGUUCCGUUAAUUGUAUGGAAAGAUUGAUGGGUCUGUUGACAUCAUUGCACCCAAGAUUUACUGAACUAAUUGACGACUCUUUAUCACACAAUAAGAGAUUAGACAGAAGGAAAAGAAUCAAACUUGAUACAAGUGAAGAUGUGAGUUUUGAAGAAGAACCUGUUUCUAUGAUGGCUCUAAGUUGUUUAUCAUAUCUAAUGUUUGUUGAAGGGUACGGGCAGCACGAGACUUCGUGUCUUAUCACUAAGCAAGGCAUAAUGGAGAGCAAUCUGAAGUUUGUGGUUGCCUUAAUGAGGAAGGAAGAAAGUGAAGUUCGUUUAAAGGGUGUUCUGUUAUUUCAGCAUCUUCUGGGGAUUCUUAACGAAGGAACCGUGCUUUCAUACGAAGAUCUAGACAGACCAGAGUAUUUCCAAAUAUUGGACGCUUUAUUCGACAUAAUGAUAAGAUGCCCGGUCAAGGACAUUAGACAGCUUUGUGUCCAGAUUGUUCCUGGCUUUAUUCAGCUAUUCGAUAGUAGAGCCAGGUACCAGAUCUCUCUGAAAUUGUUUGGAACUUUAAAGCAUGCUGGAGCAUUUGGCUUUUGUGUUCAACUUUUCAAAAAUCAAAUGGAAGAAAUAAUAGCUGAUCCCUGGACUGGUUCAAAGGAUUCACAUAUAUUUUGUGGAAUUAAUCUGAAAAGAGUGUUUCUAUUGAUGACCAGUCUACCAGAGGGACCAGCUACUGAUUUAGUUGAAAACUCGGACAGAAUAAUAGCAGUGCUUAACUUUAUUAGAUACCUUGUUUUGAAGGAUCCACCAAAAACAAAUUUGACUGGUUUCUGGGAUUUUUAUCCUCACAUUGAGAAGGAGUUUCUAAAACCUUUACACCUGGGUCUAGACAUGUCUAAGGGACAUUACCAGUUGGAAAUUACUGGACUUGAAGAAGGGAGCCAGUCUAAGAAAAGUCUGGAGGAACAGGUGGAAAUGAGUAUUAGUGUAGCCGGGUUCAAGAUGCCAAAGAUGGCUCGUGGACAGAAGAUAGCAAUUAUGAGAAUGGCUUUGAAUACAUUAGAUUUAAUCACAAGCUUGUUAGUUAGAGUUAAUGAACUUGUGGAUCAGCAAAAGAAAUCAGCAGACAAAUAAAAUUCUGAA